AUGAUGUUGAUCCCCAACGUCAGACUCGCAGAGUUGCACACCAGCUGCAGCGCUUGCAGCAGUUAUUUCUCCGCUGUGACCUGUGGUCGUCUGGUGAAGCGCAUGAAUCUCGAGUGUGGGGAAGCCAGCCAGGACUUUUACACCACCACAAGCGACGGUUGGAGAGCACUCGGCUACAGUACCUUUCAGGGGCAGCACCGUAUACACAAAUACAAGAUGGAGGAGCACGGAGUACGUGCUUCUGGGCCGUCGAUGUACGGUGCAAUGUGGCUUACGGAGACAAGACACGCAAAAGCCUGGGAAUGGCAUCUCGCUACCACAGUAGAAGCCCGAAAGAAGGGCCAGAAGAAUGCUGAACCGGAGCAGGUCCCAAUGCCGGACCUGUCUUGGUACCGUAACUUCUCCACAGAUGCACGCUGCAAGGCAAUUUUCACGAGUCACCAGCACGAACACCCACCUUUGCUGUCGCCGCCUGCCCUCGACUUUUCAGCAAAAUGGCUUCUCCUCGACCUCGUCCGUUGGACUCGCUUCACAUCGCCAGGGAGGUUGACGAACUCUACCGAACGUACCCCCCUCGAGACCACUACUAUGUCACUUGGUCUAGCUUACCCAAGAUCCACAGGCAGCCAGAUUCGUCCCUUUUCAAGUACCCCAGACUGCGAACGACAGUCGACUAUACUCAAUUGCAUACCACACGCUAUUAAAACAACCUUCGAUCGCCCGACCCUGGUCCAGCUCUAUUCCACCCGCUCCGGCCUCCCCAGUCUUCGCAUCUUAGUUCAAUAA